CAGAGAGAACAAGAGCAUGUGUGUGAGUGUGUGUGUGUUUGUGUGUGUAUGUGUGUGUGAGACACAGAGAGGCAGCCGAGAUGAGUGUGAAGCAGUGAGAGGGAAAACCUAGAAAGAACAGCAAAGGCGAUCAGAAAAGGGGGGGGGGGCAGCGAACAAAAAAAAAAGGCAGUGCAGAUAGAAGACAGAGAGGAGAAGAGGGGAGGGAGAUAAAGUGUUAUGUGAAUGUACUAUCUUUGAUAGUCCUGGUACCAAAGUCAAAAGAUGUAAUGACUAUAUGAACAGCCACUACACACACCAGCAUCCUGUCCUGGAGCCUUGACAGGAAGGGACAGGAAAAAAAAGCCACACACACUCAAAGGGCAAAAGAAACGCUCUCUACAACCGGGUCCCACAUCCACGGGAUCAUGUCGUCUACUGGGUCAACCAACCACAACAAGCGUCUGGCAUCGGAGACAGACAACUCCCAGCGGGUGCUGGACAAUGAUUCUGCGCAGCACCUGAAGCUGAGGGAGAGACAGCGCUUCUUUGAAGAGGUCUUCCAGCAUGACGUCGACAACUACCUGCCCUCUGCUCACCUGCAGGUCGACUGCAGGAAACCCCCCAUGGGGAGCAUCUCUUCUAUGGAGGUGAACGUGGACGUCCUGGAGCAGAUGGACCUGAUGGACAUCUCUGACCAGGAGGCCCUCGAUGUGUUCCUCAACUCAGGCUCAGGAGCAGAUGAGGGAGCGCUGGCAUCUCCACUCCCAGGUGACGACGAAGAAGAAGAAGAUGAGGAGGAUGAAGAUGCGGAGGUUGUGUACAGGGAGCGCGCGCCUUUGAAACGGCAAGACGAAGUUUCCCGCGGCUCAAAGCCCCGCAUGUCCUCUACGUCAUCUGGUUCCACUGAUACCAGCGGGGGGGGAGUCGACACGCCUGUGAUCCAGUCGGACGAUGAGGAGGUCCAUGCCGACACUCUGCUGCUGACCUCUGUUCCCCGUGCCAGGGAUGAAGAAACGGAGGAGGAAGACGAGGAGGAAAGAUGCUUUGUGACUAAAUCUCCAUAAAGACUGAAUUUUACUCUCUUGGGUAAAAACGUGGGUAAAAAGAGUCGCUCUACAUUUGCAAUCCUUUCUUUUGGGGAAAACCCUAGCAUGGUUGAUCUGGUUUGUUCAAUCUAAAACCUUUGUUUGUUGAAACUCUUGGUGUCAUUAGACUGAAUAUGCAAAUAGCAUGAGUCAUCCCGCUCCCAUGCAAGAACAUGUUUUAACUUUUACUUACACCUGAACUCUGAGGCCCUCGGAUUUCACUCCUUUUUUAUCGGCAUUUAGAUGACAGUACCUGGCAUUCCUCUAAUAGGAGUUACCGGACAUAACAAUGAGAAUUUGAAUCAUUCAGACUGACAGCCGUUUGACUCUUUGGCUUAAAGAGUGAUCAGACUGGAAUGGACCGGCUUCAAAGGAGCAAAAUUACAGUUUCAUUACGUAUCUUCUUUUUGUGUUUCAGAAGAUCAACCUGAGGCAAGAAUUCAUGCACAGUGAGCAAAACCCAACAACAAGUUGUACUUGGAUCUAUUGCCAUGUGCAUGUGCAAACUAGUUACAGUAUCACGAAUGGAACUGUGUUUGUAGAUGCAUGCCAUUUCGAUCUUGUUAGUGACUGCAUUAUACAUUAUCAAUCAUGUAACAACUUUGCAUCACUGUACUAAAUACCGAGUUACUCCUCUCCCCCGUGUGAGGUGUGAUUUGGAAGUUUGAUAUAUUUGACGAUGUGGCGAGUGAGUAAUUCAGCUGAGAAAUACUUGUUUGUUUCUGCACAGCAUAUCUGUUUGUGUGAGUAUGAGGGAUUUGUGCAUGUGAGUUGAGGGUGUGGAUGGUAAAUAUUGCAAAACAGGUAUUCCCCUGGUCGAGCCUACAGCAUCGUUCAAAGCGACCUUUUUACAGUGUUAAAUGAUGUGUGGAAUAUCUCUUCUCCACUUGAACUGAACACCUAUAUGAACUAAAUAAAAACCGUUU